CAAAUUCGGGUAAUGUCGUCAACGUUUGCAAACUACCGUCGACAUUAUGAAGCGUUAGAAAUUUCGCAACAUGCAGAUCGAAAUUUAAUAAAAGCACAAUUUUACAAAUUAUCCAAAAAAUAUCAUCCAGAUGUAAAUUUUAAUGAUGAAAAAGCGCACAACAAAUUUUUACAAAUCAACGAAGCAUAUUCAAUAUUAGGCAAUGAAAAGAGUCGAAGAGAGUAUGAUCGAACAUUGACACAACAAAGCGUACGUAGUAAUAGUGGAAAUUCCAUAAAUAGAACAACGAUUCAUUUCCGACCUAAAAUCCGAAGGCAGCGAAAACAAAAUUAUGGAAUGUAUGGUAAUCCCUCAGAAAGGACAACAUUUGAAUCAAAUAAUGAAAGCGAACAAGAAUAUCAGGACCAACGAAAGAAAUUGAAAUUUAAUUUUAAUGAACAUUUUCAGAGACAUUAUGAGGUUGAGAAAAAAAGAGCACAGGCAUCAGCAGAAAAAGAAAAAGAGAUGGAGACAAUUAAAGAACAUUUGCAAUUAAGCCGAAGGUAUACGCGAAUAGUAUUAAUUGUUGGUCUUUUGAUGAUUGCUGGAGGAGGAACGAGUGGAGUUGUAAGUUUAUAG